AUGGACAAUAGUUCCAAGCCCAAUCUGGAUGAUGAAAAUCCGGAUGCCAUGACUGACAGCCACCAACGUGAUCCCAUCGAUGGCAUCUUUGGUAUUCCCAAUCUUUUCAACAGCGGAAACUUCGCUCAAGCUAGCAUAAUUUCCAAUAAUGCCGAAGAUACCAUCACUAGUCCAAUUCCUGCCUAUACAAGCAUCUUCUCUGACAUCCCUAACAGCACCAACAUCAGCCCAAUCUCUGCUCAGACAAGCAUCUUCUCAAAUGUUUCAAACAGCAAUCUGACCAGCCCUAUCUCUGUCCAAGCCAACGUCUUCUCGAACGCACCCAAUAGCACCAAUACAAGUCCAAAGUCCAUCCAACCCAUCACUCCAACUCCCGAAGUUGACCUGAACGCUCAUGAUACCGACCCUGACCCGGAUCUCGAUGAGAACAGCGGUAAUGGCAGCUCACGCUCGAUUAGUUCAUCGCCAGAAGCGCCUGAUUUCAAUGCUCUAGCUGUCUCUGCUCCAGAAACUCUCUCACUCUUCUCCAAUUACCGCUCUCCUCUAUCCUCAAAAUGGGGCAUGCCAAAAUCUCUUUACGAAUUUAAUAUCAUGUACAGCAGCACUAAACGUAACGCUGCUAUCAAAGGGCAAGCGCAACGAAUUGGAGCGGUGGGAGCUGAUAAAGAUGAUAGUGGAACUUAUGAUCCCAGCUUAGAGCGUAAGAGGAACACUAGAAGUACCAAAGCCAAGAAGGCUAAAGAGAAUGGUGGAGGAGAGGGAGCCUCAAAGACAAGCGUAGGUACGAGGAGUGGAAGGAAAACCAAGCAGCAAGGAUCUUUCCAAUGGAUUAUUACAAUUCGCUUGAAGAGUGAAGAGGGAUUGAAAUAUUUAAGGAAAAUCACACCCGGUCCGGAAGGUGAUGAGAGUAUACUUUCCCGGAUUCAUGAAGUGGAUGAUGAGGAUUCGGGAGAUGAUGAUGAUAUUAAGUAUCCCACUCAUUCUACUAGGAGGAAGAAGAUCAAGACUUCACAUAACCGGCGAUCCGAUGGUCUAACUCUCGAAGACUUAACUAUCGGCCACCCCCAACGUCGCGGCUGCAAAUCCUGUUUCGAAGCCGGCGAUGACGAAUGUUCCUUGAUUGAAUUUCGUCACGAAUGGCCCUGUGAAGCGUGUGAAGCCGCAGGCAAUGAUUGCGAACUCAUCAUCCCACCCGAACUAAAACUCUCAUGUACACGCUGCAAAGAAAAGCUACGAAGAAGAUGUUCCUAUGCGGACGACGCUGGAAAAGGAGUCGAAGCCUGUAAGGCAUGCGAGGAGGCCAAUGUCAAAUGUAUUGCGGGUCCCAAAGCUGAUUCUGGUACUUCGAUGAGAAUGACGGAAGUGCUUGCGAAUGUUGGUGUGAAGAAACGAGGGAGCUUGAAAGGAGAGGGCGUCAAGAAAGUUCUUCCAGCGACGGCUACUGACGUGCCGAAAACGCAAGCUAUGGCUAGGAAAUAUGUUGCGUGUAAUCGGUGCAGAGAGCAGUUUAAAGGGAAAUGUUCGAUCAAGCGCGGCGAAGAAGGUCCUUGCAAUCGCUGCGUCAAAGCAAAUGAACCAUGCACCUUCACAUUUCUUCCAACAAUUCCCCCAAUUACUUCCAACGCUCCAGCGGAAAGCACAGGUAAAGAUAAAGGCAAAGAAAAAGGAAAAGGAAAAGAUAUCUCUCCAGCUUUCGCGUCCGCCGAAGACCUAACCCAAACCAUCAUUCUCGAAUCCACCAAACUCAACGACUGCGUCUGGCGCACCACCCACCCUCAAGCCCGCCGCACCAAAGCCCAACAAAAAGCCUUCGAGCGAGCCCAGCAUUCCCACUCACCCUCCGUGGGAUUCCUACCCGCUAAACCCAUCACUCAUCCCAAUUCCCAAAAACACAUAUCCCAAACCCACACUGCAUCUCAAAAACCCCAUACCCCCAUGCACCUCGGCCUCCCCCAAAAUUUUACCCUAUCCCACAACGGUAUCCGAACCAUCACCAUCACCACCGCAUUUUCCCACCCCAUCAUCUUCAACUACAUUCGAGACCCUAUGUAUCUUUAUCCUCCCUGUACCUUCCACACGAAUCCUUUCUUCGGGCUCUUUGGAUUCGGGCCCCGUCUCGUGACUGUGGUUCCCUGGCCCUCCAUCACAGGCGCCGGAUACGAGGAACUCGAGAAUGGACAUGGAGAUAGUGAGGCGGGCGAAGACAAAACGAGAAUGUGCGUCAAGUGUACAUAUGACCGGGUCAAGAUAUUAGGGUGUCCCGAACAUAUUUUGUGGCCGCUUGGAGGAGUCGAUCAAAGGAUGUGGGAUGACCAGAUUGUGCAGGAUAGCGUGAGAGCUUGUGAGCAGGGUUUGGAACGAGGGAGAUGGGGGAGAGGUAAGGGUGGAGAGCCUGAGAGGGGUAGUAGAGCGGAACUCGUUUGGAGGGCCAAAUGGUGUGCUGUUUGUCCCAGUCCUGCAGCUUGGAUCUGUGAUUAUAGCGAGAUGAGCGCGGAUUCUUCUCAGGGGAUGGAUAAUGGUAGACGGGCUGCAUCAAACACAUCUCAGAGAAGCGAUAGGGGUAAAAAGGGCUGCGGUUUACUCCUCUGCGAUACCUGUCAUGAUCUCCAUACCAAAAUCCAAAAGGGAGGGAAGAAGGGGGGAAUGGCGGUGUUGGGUAGAGUCAUACACUUAGCGGGGGAUGCGAGCAGGAAGGAGUAUUAUCCGGAUGGGGUGAGGGCUGAUGCGGGGUUUUUGAGGGAAGAUGGGGAGUUGUUUGUGAGGACGAAAAUGGGGGGGUGUGGAGCUAGUAAAGGGGGGGAAGAGGGUUCGAGUGGGAGUAUGCUUGGGGGAGGGGAUGGGAGAGGGAGAGGAGCAGGGGGUUUGGAUGGAGUGGUUUCGAGUGAGAUGGGGAGGGCUGGCUUGAAUAGUUUGGGUAAGGGUGUCGGUAUCGAUAGAUUUGCUAUUUCUGGUCCUACGACACGGGGAGAUAAUAUAUCAGGGGAUAAAUCGAAAGGGAAAGGUAUCGACCAAAUUCGACCCCGACACCUUCUCGAUUCGAUGGUGCUGGGUAAUGAGGUAGCGAGUGGCACGAAACGGAAGGGUAAGGGUGAUGGUAUCAACAGAUUCCGGAAGUUCACUGAUGAAGAUGAAGAUAGUGAGUAUGAAGUAGCCAUCCAGGGGACGACUAAGGACGCCAUGGUAACAGCUGCAGCAGUCCGCGAAACACCACGAGGAAACGAAGUAUUUCCCAGUACCCUUACCGGUGACGGGAAUAAUAGCGGACGAUGGAAGGGAAAAAGUGUCGAUAGGAAGACGAAGACGAAUAUUAACUCGAAUGUGAAUGGGGAAAUGGGAUUGGGAUUGUGUAAUGUGAUGAGGAGUAUUGAGAGGGAUAUCAUUGAGUUGAGCGAUUGA